UUGGUGAUUCAUGGCCAAGACUGACUGUUGGUGAUUCAUGGCCAAGACUGACUGUUGGUGAUUCAUGGCCAAGACUGACUGUUUUUUGGUGGUGAUAACUGGUAUACAGCAGACUUGCUGGGCUUGGGAUGAGUUCAUGCAAGCAGCCACGGGGUGCAGGGAGGCAAUGCUGUUUAUCCAGCUUUGGACCCAAAUCCCAAGGGAAGGGAGCAAGAAGGUUCCCAGAUGAAUCUGUCACUAAGGAGGCUCUGAAAAGGCACCCUAAACCUCCCCUUGCUCUCCUCUCCGCAGGAGGAGCCUUGGCAGUCCUUGGUGCUGCAGGGUUAUUGCUCCUGGGGUAUGGUCACUGCUUGGUUAUUCCUGCUGUACUUCAGCAGGGUUUGGGGUGAGUGUGACCUGCCUUGCUUUCCACCAGGCUGCUGAGGAAGUCCUGCUGGAAGAAGGCAUUUAUAGCUCUUUCCUCCAACUCCAGCAGCAGCUUUGCAGAGAGCUAUUUGGAGAAAAUGGUCUCUUUAGCAGCAGCAUUCAGUCCUUCUUGCAACUUAUGUUGUAACAGCCCCAUGUAGGCUUCCUCUGGGAUGAGUGAGGAUGGUCAACUUCACAUUGGAGGGCUGGGAGAAGGGUGGGGGGCUUUACUUAUUGACCCCAGAGCAAACAAGAAGCAAUGCAAAGGGUUCUUAAUGCAGAGGGCCUUGCUUCUCUGUUUGGGGCCAGACUGAUGCCACUGUUGGGGGUCAGGAAGGAUUUUCCCUCCAUGGUCAGAUGGAUAAGGACUAGGGGGGUUGCCUUUUUCUAGUAGGGGCACAGCCUUUGCCUGGGACCUCUUGAAUGUCUAUUAACAACCUUUUGCAGAAGCAAGCUGCUGUAGUCCCUCUGCUUUCCCUGUGGCAUGUUUGGGUGUUAGAUCAUGAGAUUAGACAAAGAGAUCAGAUCAUGGAUUAAUCUGGGAUGGUUUGCACAGGGAUUGUCCUGUUUCAGGCAGGGGGUUAGACUAGGUGACCUCUGGAAGUCUCUUCCAGACUAAUUUCUGUAUAUUUUCUAUGGCUGUGAAUUGAUUAGUGAGCUCUGAUUCAAUAAAUGUAGCUGAAGAGGGGCAAAGGGGAGGAAGCCAAAGUAGGAAGUGUCCUCUCUGUUCAGAAUCAGCCUUGGUCAUCUUGCUUCGUGGAUACUGUGCCCAGCAAUCCUGGUGGCUCUGGGACAUAGGAUGUAGGUAGCUGCAAUCCCUUUCAGGUGCACAAGUCUGGCUCGCAAUGCACACAGGAAUGCCUACCUCUUUUGCAGAGAAAGCAGUGGUUUUAAUUCUGGUCUUUGCUCAAUACCUUUUUUUAAAACAUCUAUGAUGCCUCUGGGUUUCUGCCAGCAAGGUGCGAUCCUGAAGUCACAUCUGCAGUGAGCAAUGUUGGCAUUUAACAGCAACCAUGUCAACCCUUCCUCAUUCACCCUGCUGCGUCUCCUGGGGUUGGAAGCUGCCUACAACUGGAUCUCCAUCCCUCUGUCCACCAUGUACACCGUGACCCUUCUGGGAAACGUCACCAUCCUUGCUACCAUCAAGGCAGAGCAAAGCCUCCACAAGCCCAUGUCCAUCUUGGUCUGCAUGCUGGCUGUCAUUGACCUGGUCAUGGCCACUGCCACCAUGCCCAAAAUGCUGUGCAUGCUCUGGUUCAAAGCUGGGGGAUUUUCUUCAAUGACUGCCUGGUCUAGCUGUUCUUCAUCCAUGCUGCCUCCAUCAUGAAGUCAAUGGUGUUGUUAGCCGUGGCCUUCGAUCACUACGUAGCCAUUUGCAAUCCUCUGAGCCAGCAAAAUGUUUUCCUGAAGUCACAUCUGCAAUAAAUGAUGGCGGCAUUUAACAGCAGUCAUGUCAGCCCUUCUUCAUUCACUUUGCUGGGUAUCCCGGGCUUGGAAGCUGCAUAUUACUGGAUCUCCAUCCCUCUGUCCUCAAUGUACAUCGUGACUGUGCUGGGGAACUGCACCAUCCUCAUUACUAUCAAGACGGAGCAAAGCCUCCACAAGCCCAUGUACCUUUUCCUUUGCAUGUUGGCUGUCAUUGACCUGGUGCUGUCCACCUCCACGGUGCCCAAAAUGCUGUGCAUAUUCUGGUUCAGAGCUGGGAGGAUUACCUUCAAUGCCUGCCUGGUCCAGAUGUUCUUCAUCCAUGCCUUCUCCAUCAUGGAGUCAACCGUGCUGUUAGGCAUGGCCUUCGAUUGCUAUGUGGCCAUUUGCAACCCCUUGAGGUAUGAAUCCAUCCUAACCAACACUGUAAUGGCCAAGAUUGGGGUGGCGGUGAUUCUCAGAGGCACGGUGUUUAUUGCCCCUAUAGCUCUGCUGGUUUCCCAGCUUCCCUAUUGCCGGACCAACGUCAUCAUUCACACGUACUGUGAGCACAUGGCGGUGGUGAAGUUGGCCUGUGCCGACAUCCUCAUCAAUAUUGUGUAUGGGUUGGUGGUAGCUCUGCUAGUGGUGGGUGUUGACCUGCUGUUCAUCACCUUGUCCUACUGCAUGAUCGCCCGGGCUGUCUUGGCUCUACCAUCCAAGGAUGCCCGCUACAAAGCUUUCAGCACCUGUGCUGCCCAUGUGGGGGUCAUCCUGGUUUCCUACACCCCAGCUCUGUUUUCCAUCCUGAUGCACAGGUUUGGUCACAACGUGGCUCCGCACGUUCACAUUCUCUUGGCCAACUUCUACCUCCUGUUCCCUCCCAUGUUGAACCCCAUCGUGUAUGGAGUCAAAACCAGAGAGAUUCGGGUAGGGGUGAUCCAUAUGCUGCAAGGCAAAAAGGGGAUCAGCUAAUGGGACGAUGUCCCAGCCAGUCAGUGAUGCUCCUUCUGUUUGUGUCCAAAGGAGCCUCUGGUAUUUGUAAGGCAAAGGGUUUUAUAUGGUUCGGGUGCUGUGUUCAGAGUUGUGGUGGUCUGAACAUCCUUUAAUAACCGGUUCAGGAGAAGUUGGGUAGGGCUACUGGAACCAGCUCUCCUGACUGUGGGCCUAUCCUGCCUCUGGGUGGGCAGAAAUAUACUGAGACUUCAGUAGGACUUAUUUUGCCACCUCUUGGGAUGGAAACUUUGGAUGUCAAUAUGCCCCUCAUGCUAGGAUUGCCCUAGGGUAACUCCACUACUGGAUAUGGCUUGUCUGCAUGCACGGGACUGUUGGGACACCUAGCCUCAGUUUUCUCCAUGAAGUGCUUGUUGUCGGCGCCAAAUGACUCUGCCCCCAUAGCACUCGGUAACCUCUGGAUUUCGGGUCUUCAGCUUCUCGUCUCAGCAGGAAGGAAGAUUAACUGAUGGUUUCUCAGGUCUUAAACAUCCAACUGGAGGGCUGUGAUUUGCGACAGGUGAUAUUUUGUACCGCGUCAUCCUCGGGAUUGUAAUUGGAGACAAAGGAAUUAAAGUGAGCUGAUGAAAUACUCGUGAAAAGGCCCAGUCCUGAUCCAUUUGGGAGAAUGAGAAAACUCCCGGUGACUUUAAAAGGGAUGAGGAGGUGGAUGGGAUUGUGACUUCCUGACAAUGAGGUUUGUUAUGCUCCAAAAUAGCUUCCAAAGGAAACGGAUGCAAGACGCAACGAAAAGGCCAUAUUUGAGCCCAACUCCAUGGUGCUGGGUUAGAUAUCGCAUUCCUCGCACAGGGAUGGAUCUGCUAGCACAUGUACUGUCCCCCUGGGCAUGUCUGUUGUCCUCUCGCUCUCUGCAGAAGUCUGCACUAGUUAUUCACGUAGUGAAUAAAAAGUCUGGCCUUCUCAACAGCCCACCCAUUUCCUAUGUGCUUCUCUAUGCAAUAUAACUGUAGCCUUUUGCACUUCUUUUUCCUCCAAAAAGAGCAGUUACCAUACCACCCAAAUAAACUCAAACCCUUACAUUUCAAAAGGAGUAACAAGUCCAAAGCAUGUUGCAAUGGUGAUGGGAUAAGACUGUGCUAAGUGGGGGGAAUACAUGCUGCAGGGUUAUCCAUGUGCAGCUUUCCUCCUUUUGCGUCCUUAAAAACUUGUUCUCUUGUGUUAUCCCCUAGUACCUUGCACCUCCCCAAAUGUCACUCUCAUCCCCUUCUCCAGUCCAAUCAGCUGCUCUGUUUUCUACUCCCUCCCCUGUUCCCUCUCCCCAAUCUUCUGCUCUGCCUUCUGCUCCCUGUCCUGCCUUGCCUAUACCACUUGUGGCGUGUACACCACUGGUUAGCCACCCCUGGUCUGGCCUGAAUAAGGUUAAGAAAUUUCCACGCUGACUUAAUGCAUCUGAAUGCAUCAGUGGCACAAUGGCAGAUGGACUUUAGCAAAUGCAGAAAGCAGUGACAUGUGCAUUUAAUUCAGAUUAUUCUUUCCUCCACAUUCAUUCGAUUGCAGUGUUAGAGACACUCAGGAAAGUUACUGGCGAGGCAGCGUCUAAAGAGCUGGAUGCAAACCUCUGGUCCGUUUACAGAUGUGGUCAAAGGAGUCGUGUGAAAGGCUAGGGCGUAGAGGGAAACAUUGAAAUCGCCUGAUGCUGUUGGAAGAGCAGGAGUAUGUCUCUCUUUCUCCUCAGUUCCAGCAGUCCUGUUUCGAAAAGGAUGCAAAAGAAAUCCCAGGAGGCAGGGGCAAGGGAAUGAAAAUGCAUCAAGCUUUAGGGGCAGCUCCAUGGGCAGAGAGACCAAAAAGGCUGCAGCAGUUUGUUCCAAGAAAGCCCAAGUAAGAGAAGACAGUGUUGCUUUCCUUCGCCCCUUUCUUGUACCCUGGUUCAACUACAGAAGCUCCUGGGAUAGGGACUCUCAUUAUGUGUGUCUGCACAGUGCCUAUUGCCAUGGGGCAGUGCUUUUGCUUUCCCUCUAUGUAAUGAUGGAGCAUACAUAGCAUGGUCUGAGUAUAAAACAUAGCGAACAGCAGAAAGAUGCAAAAUCGGGCUCUGCUCCUUCCCCUUUCUUAGCACAUUCAUUGACACGAACAGACCGUUGCAUCAAAGCUGGAUAAACAGAAAUCGGCCAUUGCACAACACACAACCAACCUGCAGAGUCCACGGCCUGUGGCUAUUACUGCUGAAACCAAGUGCUCCAGGGACUCAAAAAGGGAUCAGAAACUUCUGCGCAGAAUAAGGGCCUCUGCUGCUCUGUGAUCUAGGAUCUCCGAAAGGGAGAAGCAAAAUGAACCUUUGCGCAUCAGCCUCUCGGCGGCAUGCCCUCAGCUCCCCCUGCUCCAGGGCUCACCACCGUACCCCUUGCCACAGCCCAGCUGAUCCAAGGCAGGAUGCCUCUGCCCUGGAGACAGGAAUGGGCCAGGAUUGCAAAGAUUUGAAAAAUUUUCAAUUGCAAAACUUGCUAUUCCUUCCCCCUGACCUCAAUAAUCUGGAUCAUCUCUCCCAUGCAGGGAGAAUCUGGAGCACCCAUUGUUCUGCUCCUGCAACCUGGGGGAGGAUGGGGGGUGCCUCUGUGUGUGCAUGUGCUUGUGCAUGUCUGUGUGUGUGCACCUGCCCCUGACCACACAUGUGGUGCCAGGAUCCCCAAUCCCACUACUCCUGGCCCAGGGGUGGGGGCCCCAGAGCAAAGCCUUACACCCAGCUGCCCAGGGGGAAUAGGGGAUGUCCUGCAAUUCAGCUGCACUUUCACGGUCUCCAGGUUUUAUGUGGAAGCCUGUCUCCACAGUAUGAGUGCAGGUAUUACCGCGACCUGCAUCAGCAAGGUUGGAGGCUGGGCUAUGCUGCUUAUCAGUGUAGUGUCUGUUCUCAUGGUAAGCAAAGGUCCUCUUUUAUUUAUUAAUUUUUUCCCUUAGUGCAGGCAAAGCUUGGGGUUGGCAUUGCUUUUCUCUGCACCAAAAUCUGCAAGCCAAUGGGUAUUGAUUGCACUGAACAAUGCAGGUGGAUAGCAAGUGCUCCUAGGCCUGAGAACAACACUUUGCAUUUAUAUAUAUGCUCAGGUACUAUG